UUGAUCUCCUGAGCUGUCUUCCAGAUGCCUGAAGAAAUCCAUCAUGGCGAAGAGGAGGGAGAAGUGGAGACUUUCGCCUUCCAGGCAGAGAUUGCCCAGCUUAUGUCCCUGAUCAUCAACACUUUUUACUCCAAUAAGGAAAUAUUUAUGCGGGAGAUAAUUUCUAAUGCCUCUGAUGCACUGGACAAGAUUCGUUAUGAGAGUCUAACAGAUCCUUCCAAACUGGAAAGUGGAAAGGAGCUGAAGAUAGACAUCAUUCCCAAUCCCCAUGACCGUACCCUGACACUGAUAGACACUGGCAUUGGGAUGACCAAAGCAGACCUUAUCAACAAUCUGGGCACCAUUGCCAAGUCUGGCACCAAAGCUUUUAUGGAAGCCUUGCAGGCUGGUGCAGACAUCUCCAUGAUUGGGCAGUUUGGUGUGGGUUUCUACUCUGCUUACCUUGUGGCUGAGAAGGUUGUGGUCAUCACGAAACACAAUGACGAUGAACAGUAUGCCUGGGAGUCUUCUGCAGGAGGCUCCUUCACUGUUAGAACUGAUCAUGGUGAGCCCAUUGGGCGUGGCACUAAAGUGAUCUUACACUUGAAGGAGGAUCAGACAGAGUACCUAGAGGAACGUCGUAUCAAGGAAGUGGUGAAGAAGCACUCUCAGUUCAUUGGCUACCCCAUCACCCUCUACCUAGAGAAGGAGCGUGAGAAGGAAAUCAGUGACGACGAGGCGGAAGAGGAAAAGGCGGAGAAAGAGGACGAAGAGGCAGCCCCCAAGGAUGAGGAGAAACCCAAGAUUGAGGAUGUGGGCUCGGAUGAGGAAGAGGAAGGCGGCAAAUCAAAGAAGAAGACAAAAAAGAUCAAGGAAAAAUACAUUGACCAGGAGGAGCUGAACAAGACCAAGCCCAUCUGGACCCGCAACCCAGAUGACAUCACCCAGGAGGAAUAUGGCGAGUUCUACAAGAGUCUUACAAAUGACUGGGAGGACCACCUGGCUGUCAAGCAUUUCUCUGUGGAGGGCCAGCUGGAAUUCCGCGCACUUCUUUUCAUCCCACGCCGGGCCCCAUUUGACCUCUUUGAGAACAAGAAGAAGAAGAACAACAUCAAGCUCUAUGUCAGGCGUGUUUUCAUCAUGGACAGCUGUGACGAACUCAUCCCAGAGUAUUUGAACUUCAUCCGGGGUGUGGUGGACUCUGAGGACCUGCCAUUGAACAUCUCCCGUGAGAUGCUGCAGCAGAGCAAGAUUCUCAAAGUGAUUCGCAAGAACAUUGUGAAGAAAUGCCUAGAACUUUUUGCAGAGCUGGCGGAGGACAAAGAGAACUACAAGAAAUUCUAUGAAGCCUUCUCCAAAAACCUCAAGCUUGGGAUCCACGAGGACUCGGCCAACAGAAAACGCCUGUCAGAACUAUUGCGCUACCACACAUCGCACUCUGGGGAUGAGAUGAACUCUCUCUCAGAGUAUGUAUCCCGCAUGAAGGACAAUCAAAAGAGUAUCUAUUACAUCACUGGCGAAAGCAAGGAGCAGGUAGCCAACUCUGCCUUUGUAGAACGUGUAAAAAAACGCGGCUUUGAGGUGGUGUAUAUGACAGAGCCCAUUGAUGAGUACAGCGUUCAGCAGCUGAAGGAAUUUGAUGGAAAGACUUUGGUGUCAGUCACCAAGGAAGGUUUGGAACUGCCUGAGGAUGAAGAUGAGAAGAAGAAGAUGGAGGAAAGCAAAGCCAAGUUUGAGAAUCUUUGCAAGCUGAUGAAAGAAAUCCUGGAGAAGAAGGUUGAAAAGGUGACAGUCUCAAACCGGUUGGUCUCGUCCCCUUGCUGCAUUGUCACCAGCACCUAUGGUUGGACAGCCAACAUGGAACGUAUCAUGAAGGCCCAGGCCUUGCGAGACAACUCCACCAUGGGCUACAUGAUGGCCAAGAAGCACCUGGAGAUCAAUCCUGACCACCCCAUUGUAGAGACUUUGCGCCAGAAGGCUGAGGUGGAUAAAAAUGACAAGGCUGUCAAAGACCUGGUGGUGCUGCUCUUUGAGACAGCGCUGCUUUCUUCUGGCUUCUCCUUGGAGGACCCACAGACUCACUCCAACCGUAUCUAUAGGAUGAUCAAGCUGGGUCUAGGUAUCGAUGAAGAUGAGGUGGCUGCUGAAGAGCCCAGUGCUGCUGUCGCUGAAGAGAUUCCUCCCCUAGAAGGAGACGAGGACGCAUCACGCAUGGAGGAGGUGGAUUAAAGAGGGUGCUGACACCUUCCCUCCGUUGUCUUAUAUUCCCCCCUCCCCUCGCACUGGCAGCCUUGCUCAGGAAGCCUGGCUCCAACAGUGGCACAUCUCAGCACAGUGUUUUGCUGCUCCCUAUAGAGCCAAUGUGGCAGGGUCCCCCACACCUCUUUGGUCUGUCUUUCUGCUUGUUUAGAAGAUGCUGCUGAAGGGGAAAGGGACCAGUUCGCUGGUGAUUAGUUUCCUCCCCAUAAGAGAGAAGGGUUUUAUCCUACCUCUCUUGGGCCACUAGAGCUGAGGUGAACACAAGCAAAUACCCUUCCCGCUAAUUAAUAGAGCAGCGAGCUGACUCUUUGCCUUCGUCCUUCACUGCAGUCCUUUCUCUUCAGAGCAGGGACACGUGCUCUCCUUGGCUGUUUGUAUUUGGUUUUGUUUUACUGGAAUUAAAAUAACAGAAUGUGGUUUACAAUGAAA